AUGGCUAAACUUACCACGGUUACGUUACUAAUUGCUUUAGCUGCUUCUAACAAUUGGUUCCUACAUCAACUAGAUGUUGAUAAUGCUUUCCUACACGGAGAUCUUAAUGACGAGGUUUACAUGGAGCCACCUCCAGGUCUGAAAAUUCACAAUGAAGGACAAAUUUGCAGGUUAACCAAGUCUUUAUAUGGUUUGAAACAAGCCAGCAGGCAAUGGUUUGAAAAAGUAUCUUCUUUUCUAAUAUCUGCCAAUUAUAUCCAAUCUAAAUCUGAUCACUCAUUGUUCAUUAGAAAAACACCUACAAGCUUUAUUGCUUUACUUGUAUAUAUGGAUGAUAUAGUGUUAACAAAAAACUCUAUGAUGGAAAUCAAUUGCAUAAAGGAACUCCUACACAACAAAUUCCGAAUAAAAAACCUUGGAGAACUCAAAUAUUUCCUAGGAUUGGAAGUGGCCAUAUCUAAAAAGGGUAUCCAUCUAUGUCAAAGGAAGUAUGCUUUGGACAUACUUGAGGAAACUGGAAUGUUAGGAUGUAAGCCUUCUUCUACUCCUUUCCUAAGUGACAUCAGCCCAUUAUACAAAUUCGACAACUAUCUUGAUGAUCCAGGUCCUUACAGAAAGCUAAUAGGGAAGUUACUCUAUCUUACCAAUACUAGACUCGAUUUAUGCUUUUCAAUUAAUCUUCUUAGUCAAUUCAUGCAAUCACCUACUGACUAUCAUUGUCGGGCCAUUAAGCAUAUUCUCAGGUAUAUUAAAUCCAAGCCAUCCGAAGGGCUAUUUUUUGCUACUGACUCCCCUAUGCAACUAAAAGCCUUUAGUGAUUCUGACUGGGCAACAUGUCCCAACACCAGAAGAUCCACAACAGGGCUCUGUAUCUUCCUUGGAUCCUCUCUCAUUUCCUGGAAGUCUAAGAAGUAG